AGUACAGUUGAGAGUUGAGACCUCUUGGGAAGAGGAGUAACGCUCAGCGAUGGCGGGGCUGCUUGCUUGGGCAGCAGAUGUGGUCGGAAAGAGCGGACACAUCAACGGCGCCGACGACGACGAUCCAAAUUCCAUCCCGUUGAUCUUGACGGACGAGCAGCAGGCCUACGUCCAAGAGCUGAAUCGCAAAGCCGCCUCUCUUAGCCGCGCGAUCCAAGAUCUGCGACUCAGACUUCCGCCUCCCGACAUCUCACAGCGCCUUCCCCACCUCCACGCUCACUCCCUCGCCUCCAAUGCCGCCCUAGCACUCCAGCUCAAUGCCCACUCCGCCACCAAGGAACAGGCGCAACAAAGAGAAGUUACACUACAAGAAGAAAAUGCUGAAUAUGAGAAGGCUAUAUCAAAUUGUAAAAACAAAAUUGAAGAGAAACUGCAGGAAGCAGAUACACUUCAGAUUAGAUUAAAGGAAAUGGAACUGUUCGAAGAAAACUUGAGAUCUGAGUUAGAAAGUGCGCUAGCUGCAGUUGCAAGCCAGUCCGUAAAAUCAAAUAAAACUGUAAGUAACUCUACUAUCAUGGUUGAUAGUGGUACAGAAUCUUCAAAAUCCACACUAGCAGAGAAGGUAGAGGACAAGAAAAAUGAACUGGCAUCAAUGGAAGAACUCGUUCAAGACCUUGAGAAAAAGUGGGCACAAGUUCAGGAUAAAGCAUUGAAACAACCCUCUCCAGCUCAACGUGAGAAAUUACUGGACAAGCAGCUUCACAGCCUAAUUGAACAGCUUGCUGCCAAACAGGCCCAGGCAGAAGGCCUUGCAAAUGAGAUUCAUAUAGAAGAAAUGAACCUAGAGAGAUUGAAAGGCCUUCAAAGGCGGUCUGAAAGUAGCAGUGCAAGGAACAGGUACGCAAGAAGCAGCAGUUUUGACAAAGGACGUGCUUCAUCAGAUUAUAUUGUUGACCCUCGUCAGAAGCCUCCGUAUCAGGUGGCUGGCCGAACUGAGGCUAUUCAGAAACUAGUGCUGCUAAGGUCAGGUUUUGUUCUCUAUAUUUUAGCUCUACAUAUCUUGGUGUUCAUCAAGAUUUCAUUCUAAAAAGUAGUAUGCACGUUACAUGUCAAAUGCAUUGAAGCUCAUCUUCAAAUCAAAAACAAAAUAGAAGGCUUAUGCUUAUUAGAAGUCUUGUACCCACUUCUGAUAUGUCAUGAAUUUGUUGUUAAUGAAUGUGCAAUUUCCGGUAAA